AUGGAGAAUGAGAACAGUACUGUGGUGGCUGAAUUUAUCUUUGUUGGUCUGACCCAGUCUCGAAAUAUCCAGCUCCUGGUCUUUGUUGAUUUCAUUUUCUAUCUCAUCAUCCUCCCUGGAAACUUCCUCAUCAUCCUCACCAUCAGGUCAGACCCUGGCCUCACGGCUCCACUCUACUUCUUUCUGGGCAACUUGGCCUUCCUGGAUGCAUCCUACUCCUUCAUCGUGGCUCCCAGGAUGCUGGUGGACUUCCUCUCUGAGAAGAAGGUGAUCUCCUACAGAGGCUGCAUCACUCAGCUCUUUUUCUUGCACUUCCUUGGAGGAGGGGAGGGGUUACUCCUGGUAGUGAUGGCCUUGGACCGCUACAUUGCCAUCUGUCGUCCUUUACACUACUCAACUGUCAUGAACCCUAGAGCCUGCUAUGCCUUGCUCGUGGCUCUGUGGCUUGGAGGCUUUGUCCACUCCAUCAUCCAGGUGGCCCUCAUCCUCCACUUGCCCUUCUGUGGUCCAAACCGACUAGACAACUUCUUCUGUGAUGUGCCACAGGUCAUCAAGCUGGCCUGCACUGACACCUUUGUGGUGGAGCUCCUGAUGGUCUUCAACAGUGGUCUCAUGACCCUCCUGUGUUUCUUGGGGCUUCUGGCCUCUUAUCCUGUCAUCCUCUGUCGUGUCCGUGGUUCCUCCUCUGAGGGGAAGACCAAAGCCAUCUCUACAUGCACCACCCAUAUCAUUGUUAUAUUUCUUAUGUUUGGGCCUGGUAUCUUCAUCUACACCCGCCCCUUCAGAGCCUUUCCAGCAGACAAGGUGGUUUCCCUCUUCCACACGGUGAUCUUUCCUCUGUUGAACCCUGUGAUUUAUACCCUUCGCAACCAGGAAGUAAAAACUUCACUGAAAAGGUUGUUUAAUCAACAAUUAGCCUGAUCAAAAGUGGGAAAUAUGAGUAAGAAAAUCAAGAUGGGAGAAUUUCAGCUGAAAUCAGUUUAUUCAUUUUCCAAACAUGACAUUUAUAGAUCACCUCCCAUUUGUCAGGACUAUUGUAGGCAUUGGGAAAAAGCUAUUAGUGGGAGAAGUAAAAUCACUGUUCCCUGAAGUUACAAUUGAGUAGCAAUAGCCAGCCAAUCAUGUAGAAAAUAAACAGCAUGGAUUAAAGAAGAGGUAUCUUGAACACACUAGAAAGAAAAGCAAAAUAUUAAACAGCAAGUGAGAGGUGGGGUAAUAAGUUUAUAUUUAGUCUUGAAGCAGGGCCUUUAUACAGAAGUGAAGUUUUGGCUGAUAUCUAGAUAAAUGGGAUAUGCCAACCAUGCAAACAUCAAU